AGGGACCAAAGACACCAAUUUUUCAUUCCCCCUUAACUUUUGGGCUUUGGUUUUUCAAGAGAUUGCUGACUGCUCUUACACAACAAACACAUUCCUUUUGGGUUCUUUUCUCACACCUUAAAGAAGAGAAAAUCACUAUUUGAAGCAAAACCAUAGUCGUCUCAAGCUUUUCCUCUUAUGGAAAAUCAACAACUCCACCUCCAUCACCACCUGCAACAGCAGCAGCAGCAGCAACAACAGCUACAACGACAACCCAAUUCCAUGAAGUCAAGAUUCAGACGUGUCUGUGUCUUUUGCGGCAGCAGCCCUGGCAAGAAUCCUAGCUACCAGCUUUCUGCUAUUCAGCUUGGCCAACAACUGGUUGAAAGAAACAUUGACUUGGUUUAUGGAGGAGGAAGCAUUGGCCUGAUGGGGCUGGUCUCUCAAGCUGUCUUUGAUGGUGGUCGCCACGUGUUGGGGGUAAUUCCCAAGACUCUCAUGCCAAGAGAGAUUACAGGCGAGCCAGUGGGAGAAGUAAGAGCUGUGUCAGGCAUGCACCAACGUAAAGCUGAAAUGGCCCGUCAAGCCGAUGCGUUUAUUGCCUUGCCAGGUGGCUAUGGAACCCUGGAAGAGCUCCUGGAAGUGAUCACUUGGGCUCAGCUAGGAAUCCAUGACAAACCAGUGGGAUUGUUGAACGUGGAUGGGUACUACAACUCACUCUUAUCAUUCAUAGACAAGGCUGUGGAUGAAGGUUUCAUAGCGCCAGCUGCCCGUGACAUAAUUGUCUCUGCCCAAACUGCCCAAGAACUCAUGUGCAAGCUCGAGGAGUAUGAACCUAAACACUCUGAGGUGGCCUCCAAGCUAAGCUGGGAAAUGGAGCAACAAUUAGGUUUCACGGCAAAAUCAGACAUUGCUCGUUGACCUGAUCAUCACAUUCAUUCACACAUGAUCGACAAAUUAUGACCGUAGAUUCUUAGCCAUAUACAACAACAACAACAACAACAAGAACAACCUUUGUAGAUGCAAGCUCCACAGACAAGUUGCCGGUACCAGUGCCACACCACAGUUUCUUUUAUUCCAGCUGUGGAUCAUGCUGUGAAUUCUUUUUUCUUUUCUUUUUUCUUCUGGUUGUUAUUAUUAAUAUUUUUUGCCCUUUUGGUUUAAUUAGAGUCUGACCUGGACAAACAAUGUCAGUGACUUUCUUAGCUUCCUAAGUCGGUGAUUGCUAAUUCUGUAUAUUUUAUUCUUUCCUUUCUUGAAAUGAUGGGUUGUUACAUAUUGCU